AGACUGGGGGAAACAGAUAAAACGUUUAGCGCGUUGGUUUGAUCUUCAGCAAAUCUGUUGUGGAGUGCGCGGCGGCGUUGGGAACACAGAAGCGCGGCGCGCACGAGGAGUUUCUGCACCAUCCAAAGAGCUGUUUUCAUUGGGAACCGCCUGCACACCUCACAUCAUUUCAGGUUGAGUGAUAACCGGCAUGAACAGAGGAUAAAUCCGUCAAAAACAACGUUUUCCCUCCAGUAGCGUCUUGGAUUUUCAUCCAUAUUUUUGAUAUUUUUUUAACAGUGUUUAAUGGGAAGUGUAUAUUUCCCUGUAAUCUAAAUCACUUUACUGUUAAAUUAAAGCUCGGUAGACUUUUUCUUUUCUUAAUUAACGCUUUUACGCAGGAUUAACAGUAACUGCGGGUGUUUGGAGCCGACCCAUUGCGCACCGGUAAAACCUCAGAUAACCUCUACCCAGCGUUACGUCUUGCCAAAACGGAUAUCUAUCCAGUGCAUCUUACACUUUACAGACAGCAAGCUAUGUAAGUCCGGACACAACAGUAUUUGCUAAAUCAAAACAGGUCCGGGGCCGUUUUCUUCGACCAUGAUGACAAUACAUUAUACGUGCGUAAAUUAACAAUACAAUUACAAUAGGCUUUACAGGUUUAACUGACAAUGUUUGAUGCGCACUAAACAGGACGUUUUGAAAUCAAUAAGACAUAAAUGUUACUUUUAAACCUGACUCAAGAAAAGAGGAGGGAGAUUAACUAAAUUCAAUUUACAGUCGGUGACCCGUUAUUUUGGGACAUCCAGUUGCACACAAAUUGUAACCAGGGGAUAUCCACUUUAAUGCACUGACUAAUUUUAAUAAAAUAUCAAACAUAAGAUCCAAAGAAACUAGAAAAACUACUGCUUCAGAAUAAUCGAUAAAGAAUUUGAAUGCCUAUGCCAUAAAAACGUACAUUUUACGCACCCAGUUAACAUCUUCAUCUCAGACUAUUUCAAAGAUUUUACAGUAACCAGUUUCCACCUACAAGUCCAUUUUAAACAGACACAUACAAUUUUCAUUCUUUGCAAACUGAAGUUACCACUUACGCAGCAUUUAGCGCUUCAAUAAAAUGAUGUUUUUUAGACUACUGGCUGUUAUCCUUGCGGUAUUUCACACGUGCGCUCAGUCGGAUCAUGUACAGAGGUAUAAACGGACGUUGGCGCAGAGAGCAGACAGAGCGCUGACCAGAGAGCAGUGCGGGUCCAUCAGCCGCAAGCGUCCCGCGCGCUCCACUGCGCAACACUACAACCUAGCGGGCGCGACUGAGCGAUACACCCGCAUCACAGACCUGCACGUGAGGACAACUAAAACAACAAGGUCCUGUUUGAAAGGAUGCAGCUUUAAUAUCCUAAACUGGGAUACUAAUGAGAAGGGAAAAUAUUAUAAACUACAGAGAAAGGAGGACAAACAGUCAUUACCAAAAACCAACAAGUCACAUGGUUCUCCUGAGCCUGUGAAGUCAUCCACUUUAAACAUCAUGAACUCAAACAAACCCUUUAAAUCAAUAAUAAAUGGUCACUCAGAGGAAAUCCACGUGCCAUCUCUCCAGUGGGAACAGGGUGAUAUAGCAGGCAGAUCUUCAUCAAUGAGAAGGGUUGCACGAAGCCUUGCAGAGGUCCACAGUACAGUGGAAGUCCCAGAUAGGGAGGACAUCCAGGUUCAUCGCAUUGAUUAUUCUACAGAAAGUGAAGAGUUUUCUGGGGAGCGGGAGGGGCCGCAGAGCACCCCUAGAGAACUGUGGAGGACUGAUGAUGCAAAGGACGUCUCAGCAAAAUGGAUGACCGCCUUGUAUUUCAGCGGUCAGGCUGAGCGACUAAAGGUGAACCCAGCGUUUGCCACAGAGCUGCCCCGCUCCGCAUUUACUAUAGAGCUUUGGGUAAAACCGGAAGGGGGGCAGAACAAUCCCGCCAUCAUAUCAGGUGUGUUUGACAACUGCUCGUAUCCCUUGAGUGAUAAAGGCUGGUCUGUUGGCAUCCAAACCGUUGACCCUACGGGAAGAAAAGAUGGACGGUUUUUCUUCUCCCUUCGCACGGACCGCGCGCUCCAAUCCACCACUAUCACAGGACCUCAACGCUACCAACCAAACAGCUGGACUCACUUGGUGGCCAGUUAUGAUGGCCACAAGAUGGCACUCUACAUCGACGGCUCCAAAGUCGGCGAGAGCACUCAACAGUCAGGUGACCUGUACAGUCCUUACAUGAAAGCCUGUCGCCUGUUUCUCCUAAGUGGGGACCAGUCUGAUGAGGAACGUGGGUUCAGAGGGCACUUGGGAGGUAUCGUGCUAUGGGGUUAUGCUCGUACCCAUGAAGAGCUUCGCAAAAGCCACCGCAUCCAGGCAGAAAGGCCCGCCGCACUCCUGGACCAGUGGUCCGAUUUCUCAGAGCCUGGACAUCGGUGGGUACCUUACAAAGGCCGUCACAAACCAGUCGUCGUGGCUCUUCCCACUCCAGAGCCGAUGCUUGCAUCUCCAUUUCAGCCUCCUCCAUGUGGGGUGACCGUGUGUGACAAUACAGACAUCGCUCUUAGUUACAACCAGCACUGGCAGCUGCGAGGGGAGAAGCGCUUGCGGUACCGUGUCGUGAACAUCUGUAAGGAUGACGGCAGUGAUCCCACAGUCUCUCUGCAGCAGAUCCAACGGCAACAUCUGGCCCUGCAAGAGGCUUUUCGUCCCUACAACAUCACUUGGGAGCUCAGCAUCCACACCGUGUACAACUCCUCCCUGCAACGGCGCUUCAUCCUCAGCAACUGCCACAUUGCCAAGGUGGGAAACCGCCACUGCGAUCCGGAGUGUGACCAUCCUCUCACAGGUCACGAUGGGGGUGACUGUUUGCGCAUGGGACCCUGCUACAAUUGGAAGAGGAGGGAUGGAUUCUGUAACCCAGAGUGCAACAGCAUUCACUACGAUUAUGAUGACGGGGAUUGCUGUGACCCUGAGGUCACAGAAGUUGCAAAGACCUGCUUUGAUCCCGAAUCUCCUCAAAGGGCUUACCUGAGCGUGAAGGAACUUAAGGACCUGCUUCAUCUGAGCAGUUCAGAUACACUCAAUGUGUUCUUCGCCAACAAUUCAGCACGUGAGGAGCUUGCUGGGGUUGCCACCUGGCCAUGGGCCAAAGAAGCCUUAACCCAUCAAGGUGGAAUGAUACUCAACCCCUCCUACUUCGGAACAAAUGGACAUAACAACACCAUGAUCCACGAGAUGGGUCAUGUUUUGGGCCUUUACCAUGUUUUCAAGGGCGUGAGUGAACGCGAGUCAUGUGACGAUCCUUGUCAGGAGACCACCGCGUCCAUGGAGACGGGGGAUCUGUGUGCUGAUACAGCCCCGACACCGAAGUCCAAAGCUUGCCGUGAUCCUGAUCCAGUCAACGACACAUGUGGCCUUACCCAAUACAAAAAUACACCUUACAACAACUACAUGAGUUACACAGAUGAUGACUGUACAAAUCAUUUCACACCCAAUCAGGUAGCCCGAAUGCACUGUUAUGUUGACCUGGUCUAUAGAAACUGGGUCCAUGGAAGAAAGCCCUCUCCCAUUCCUCUCGCUCCAGUGGUGAUUAGCCAAGAUGCAGAUUCUGUAUCAAUUCAUUGGCUGCAUCCAAUCAGUGGGCCGCUUGCCCACAGGGAGGGUGGCAUUAAUUGCCAGCUCUGCGAUGAGAACGGCGUGCUCCAUCAGUACGCACACGAAGCCACGUCCCCUCAUGCUUGCGAUUCGACUGGAUACUGGACACCAGAGGAAGCAGUAGGGGCGCCUGAUGUGUACCAGCCAUGUGAGCCCAGCAUGCAAGCCUGGAGUCCUGAAGUCAACCUAUAUGAAACCAACAUGACCACGCCGUGUCCCCAGGCUGAGGGCUGCGUGUUGGAGUUGCAUUUCUUACACCCUGUUCUCCCUGACAGUUUGACUGUAUGGGUCACCUACACUUCUGCCAAUAUAAAGGCAAUUUCCAACAUCAUGUUCAUCUUGGAGAAUGACGAGUUCAUCAACACAGGCCCUCAUCAUGCUUUCUGUGAUAUGCCUUUGACGCUACAUGUGCACAUUGGCAAGAAGGUCAAAGCCAUUAAAAUCUCCACCUUUGACAAAAAGCUUGAGAUCGAUGCAGUUUUGCUGACCUCGCGACCCCACAAUCCUCUCUGUACCGCCUGCCGCCCCAUUCACUACAGAGUGCUUAGAGAGCCACCAAUCAGAGAGGACCACAGCCCGGUCAUUGUGAGGCAGCCCAAAUACACUGAUGGUGAUGUGCAGAGAAAUGUGCAGUAUCUGUAUAGGAUCCAGGUGGAGUCAGAGGGUUCAUACAGUGAACUUUCCCCAGCCCUGGUUUAUACUCAUGGACAACAUUUCUGUGGCGAUGGUGCACUACAGGGGACUGAGGAAUGUGACGACGGGAAUCUCUUAGAUGGAGACGGCUGCUCAAAAAAAUGUCAUGUCGAACCAGGCUUCAAGUGUCAUGGUCAGCCAAGUCUGUGCUAUGUCUUUGAAGGGGAUGGCGUGUGUGAGGAGUUCGAGAGAGCUUCCAGCGUUCAGGACUGUGGCUUUUUCACUCCUCAGGGCUUCGUUGAUCAAUGGGCGUCCACUGCCUCUGGCUCUCAUCAGGAUCAGAGGUGUCCUGCUUCAAGGGUCACUGGAGAGCCUCCGCUCACCCAGAUGUGCAAGUCACAAUAUUUGGACAUAAACGAAGUCGUGGCACAUGACGCAUGGACUCCCUGCACUGCUCAUCUUGACAGCCACCAUAAUCAGGAUCAGUCUGUCUGGCUAAAGGUUGGAUUUGAGAGACCGGGUAUUGCAGCCUCGGUUAUCAUCUACCUUGCCUAUGAUGGUAGUUGGCAUGGCGAGAACUGCAGGAAAACAGUCACCAUACAACUGUGUGAUACCACCGGCAAAAAACACAUGCUUGGUACGUACGAGCUGUCAUGUCAGCGAAAUCCCCUGGUGGUGAACGUGACUCACAAUUUGAGUUUGCCGUUCUACCAGACGUCAGCAGUGCAGCUCAACUUCUCCUCCUCUCAAGUGGCCGUGCUGGCGGUCGCGUUGCGAACUUCUUGUCACUUCAGCGCCUUUGCCCUGACCGGAUGUGUACAUAGGCUGUGCAGUACAGAGUCAUGCUCUCCACUGACAGUCGACCACGCUUCAGUCCGCUGUUCUCCAGUUUUAGAUGCUAAACACUGCUCUGUUUCCUGUCAUCGUGGCUACACCCUCACUGUUCUCCACGGCCAGGGACUUCCUUCUUACCAAACGGAGGUAGAGUUGAGUUGUGUUCAUGGAGUGUGGGAUCGUGUAGUGAGCUGUCAGCCGGUGGAGUGCGGCCUGCCCCCUCAGUCUCAUGUCUACUUUGCCUCCUUUUCGUGUCCCUGGGGAACAACAUUCGGCAAGCAGUGCACCUUUUCUUGUAACGCUCCAGCUAUCCUGCAAGGAGAAAGUGACAAAUUGGUCUGUCUUGAAGAUGGUCUAUGGUCAUUCCCAGAGGCCUACUGCAAGAUCGAGUGUCCAGCUCCACCUCUGGUACCCAACGCCAAGCUGCUGGUUCCACAGUGUGAUAGAGGUGGACAUGACGUGGGCACUUUAUGUCGAUACAAAUGCAACCCUGGACAUUAUGUUACUGGCCCCCUCAGCAAAAAGCCAAGAAAGAGAUUUCUGAGGUUGGAGUGUUUGGAGGGGGGCAAGUGGCAGGAGGGCAGCUGUUCACCCGUCACAUGCCCUGCUAUUCCUCCCAUGUUUGAGGGCAUGUACACCUGCACCAACAACUUGGACUUCAAUAGCAUUUGCACCCUACAGUGUCCAGACUCAACAGAAAGGUCCAGCAUUCGCUGCACUAAAGAUGGCAGAUGGACUGAUGAUUUCACUAUGUGUAAGAAGAUAGAGGGCACCUGCCAGCCUCCUCCCGACGAUAACAGAGUGGAAUACAUCUGUGAUGAAGGGUUUGACGUGGGUGCGCUCUGCUACCCAACAUGCAUUGUGGCCUUGAGUGACCCUGUGGUGUUAGCCAACGGUUCUACCGCUGAUACUGUAGAGCACUGGAUGCUUCCCAGCAAGGUUCAGAGUAUCGUCUGCACCGGCAUGCUGAAGUGGCAUCCAAACCCAGAACACAUCCAUUGCAUUCAGUCCUGUGAGCCUUUUGAGGGAGAUGGUUGGUGUGACACGAUUAAUAACCGAGCGUACUGCCAGUAUGAUGGGGGAGACUGUUGUCCAUCCACUCUCUCUUCUAAAAAGGUCAUUCAGUUCGGGGCGGACUGCGAUCACGAUGAGUGCACCUGCCGUGACCCCGAAGCCGAAGAGAACCGGGGCACGGCCAAGCAGAUGGAGCCGGAGCCGCAAUGAAUGAUAGCGAGAGCAGAAGCCGAGCGGGCGGCUCUAAUUUUGGCUCGGAAAGAAAAAUGUCAAACAACCUGAAUUUUCCUCCUCGUGAAAAGUAAUUCAAAUCACAGAUCCUGUACUAAUCUAUAAAUAAUACCUAAUAUAUAUAUAUAUAUAUAUAUAUAUAUUUCCAAAUCUCUAAUAUAGAUGUAGGUGUAGAUAUAAGCAAUAUUUUAGCAUUUUACCCCCACAAGCAAUUAAAUACACCAGUAUGCAAGUCAUUUUGUUUUAUGUAGUGUGUUUUUUUUUAUACAAAUAUUAAACAAAUAGCUCUUGCUUGUUGUGGGCCAUGUUCAUUAAAUGUUAUCAUCACAUACUGUAUAUCAAUGUAUAGUUGUAUAACAAGUCUCACUACAGUAUACUAUUUCCUACAGCAAACCUCCCUUAUUCUAACAACAACAGCCCACCACACAUUUUUUUUUUUUUUUGUGAAUAAUUAAUA